GGAACGAAAAACCCAAAACUCUAUACACCAUUCGUUGUUUGUAGUUGACUACCAGUCGCUAGUCGACUGUUGGGUGCGUUAGGUUAUACGAGACCGUUGUCGGGUUGAUCCUUCGCGUACGAACCGGUCACACAAGAAAACGAAAAGAAACAAGGAAAACCGUAUGUCCGUUUGUACGUAUUUACAUGUUUGUGAAUUGUGUCUUAUAUACAAUAACGCAUAGGUUAUUUUGAAUUGUGUUGUGAUAUGUUUAUUGAUAAGUAGAUUGAUUUAAACGUGGUUUUAUUCAAAUAAAAAAUGAUGUGAUAUUACAUCUACCUAAUUUAAAUAGGAAAUAACACGAAAAGAUAUUCAAUACGCAAAAUGAUUUGCUCAAUGAGCGCUCGUAGCGGCAAAGGGCGCUUCAUUACCAAAAUACUAACGUUCGGUAUACUUUGGGCACUAAUAAUUUAUACGUUAUAUCAAUUUCGAUCGAUAACAAUAGAUGUACCAGUACCGCAUCUAAAUAGCAGGUUACUUUUACAAAAAAGGUUGGAUCCUCUCACCAGACACGCCGACAGCACUACGGAAAGCAACGACUUGGAACCGUACGUAGAUAAAAGCCCAAAUUUAUCGGAAGAUAUGCUGAUAGACGAUAUUCAAAAAAGAAUGCCAAAUUUACCGAUCAUCUAUUGGAAUAAAAACAAAAAUAAACCGAUGGGAUACAACAACACUUGUGCAAGAUUUCCAUCAAUGUUCGAUUUGGAAUUCAACAACAUAUAUUGGCAAACUCUCCGUACCAGCAACGGUACUUUCCAAUUAUUCGGGGCUUAUUUGGACGCGAGACCGAACAACAGACUCGGUCCUACUGUCAGAAUCCUAGGAAUGAUCGAUAGGAUCGAAGCAAGCGUAAUCACGUACUGCCAAUUCUGGUUCGACGGCAAAAAAGACCCUGUAAUAUCCAAAAGCUUCGAAUACAAAUAUAUAUGGUAUAAGAAGUGGGGAAAUUACAAACAAGGUAUAUACCAACCGUAUCUCAUAGCUUGUAUCCUUCCGUCUAAAUACAAAGAUCAAGUACCCCAAUCUGUAUCUUUAGUCGAGAAGCAAUGUGAAAACGCCACCAACAAUUUGAGAAUCAUUUACGAAAAACCGGCGCAAAAAAAAGAUUUCGCUGUCUGCGUUAAAGGAUUGGAUUUUCUUCACGAAGAUCUUUCCGUACGCCUCGUAGAAUGGAUCGAACUUUUGAAUCUACUCGGAGCCGAUAAAGUUUUCUUUUACGAGCUACACGUCCACCCUAACAUCAGCAAAGUAUUAAAACAUUAUGAACAAGAAGGAAAAGUACACGUGACGCCCAUAAAUCUCGCUGGUGGUCAACCGAAUGCGCCAUCAUUCCAACAUUUAUACCUGACGAAAAAAACAAAUCAGAAAAGGCAGAACGAACUAAUACCUUACAAUGACUGCUUCUACAAGCAUAUGUAUGAAUACAAGUACAUCAUUCUUUUGGAUAUUGACGAAGUAAUAAUGCCACUCGAAGGUACCACUUGGAAGGAACUCAUGGAUAAAGUUUUGGCGAAAACAUUAAAAACAUAUAAAGAAGAAAGAGCCUCGUAUAACGUCAGGAAUGUAUACUUUUUGGACGAUUUAAUACACGAUCACGGAUGGUUCAAAGAUAUACCAAAAUACAUGCACAUGUUGCAACACGUCUACCGAACGAAGAAUUUCACCAAACCCGGUCAAUACGUCAAAUGUUUCCACAACACAGACAAAGUAUUGACUCUACACAACCAUUUCCCUCUUAGUUGUAUCGGAAGCGGUUGUACGAGUUAUCCCAUCGAAACCGAAGAUGCUCAACUUCAUCAUUACAGAGCCGAUUGCGUGAAAACUUUGAAGAAAACCUGCGAGGAGUUCAGAAAAACCAGCGUCAUGGAUACGACGAUAUGGAAAUUUAAAGAUACCCUUAUUCCGAGGGUAACGAAGACUUUAAGAACGUUAGGAUUUUUUGGUAACAGUGAGAAUAAUACUAAUAGUAAUAAUAUUAUAAGGAAAAGGUGAUUCGUUUAUCGAUGAAUGGUGGUUAUUAAAUUUACUGAUACAUAUAAUAAUCGAUUUCGUUUAAAGCAAUAUCUCAUUUAAAUAACGAAAUUUGGAAGCGUCAUUUUUGCAUAAACACAUCUAUAAUAGAGAAAUUAUGACUAUUUGUUCAAAUUGAGUCACUCAAAACACGCAUACCCCUGAUGAUAAAUAUCUAAUAACUUAUAUCCCAAAACCAAUCGACAUAAGAACAAACCAAUAAUAAAAUUUCUAUUUAUAAGUGAGAUCGUGGAAAUCACGUCAUACUGUCAUGUGUCAAUUUACCACAAUUUCAUUUAACCUCUAAAUUUACGUCAUACUGUCAGGUGUCAACUUACUCCAACUUACUAUUAUACUCCAGAUGGUUUUGGAUAAGUUAAUGGUAUAUUUGGGAUAACCCCAAAAGAGAACACUAACAUUUUUGAAAUACUCAAAUUAUCAGUUAUAAAUAAUAAUCAAAUUAUAUCAAUUUUGAUUUUUUUCAUAUUUGAAACUAUUUUUUCAAAUUCUUCUCACUCUUUCGUUUAUUAUAUGUAUCAUAAGGGAAUUAAAAAAAGAUGGUAAACUUAAAUACGUAACUUUUUUUUAAAACCUCCAUAAAUGACAAAAAAUUAUACGAGGGCUAUCCAAAAUUUAAGGAAUUAAAUAUUAAGAAAAAUAAUUUAUUAUCUACAACUAGAAAUCUACUAAUCUAUAUACUCAUCAAAUAAAUUUAUGUAAAUAUAUAAACAGAAUGAUUCCUGUAACGAUUUCUUUAGUUUCGUCCCAUUGCGGGAAUCCAAAAUUGACGUUAACUAAUGGGAAGUUCAGUAUAUCGGUUUCGAUGUUGUGAUUUUUCACGUAAAUAUUGUCCCGAAUCCUUCUGACUGCGCCAGUUAAAUGAUCCUUUCCUUAUAAACAUCUAUAAUUAAUUUUGGUUCUACAAAAUUCGUGAUUUACCACGAAAAUACUGUCUUGAAUCCUUUUGAUUGCGCCACUUAAAUGACAACUUUAAGAAAUAAUGGAAAUUUAACAAAAAGCUACGUUUUUUAAGUUUUACCUCGUUAAUAUUUUUGCGUUACCUAGUUCCUGAUUUUUCACGACUGAUGAUAUUAACGCAACAUUGAAUAAUCCACAUUUUUUCAUUAUUAACAUAUAAAAAAAACUGAUUGAUUAAAAAAAUACUGUUAUCAACCCUAGAUAAAGGGACUUAUUUCGGAACACGUCAUUAAGGGACUAUCGUUAAUUUUUCUUCAUUUUACGAAAAAUAUUUCCAGAAAAAAAAUUUAAAUUCCUAUUCAUCAACACUGCAUUUUUUGCAAAUGUCUCUGCAGUGCUCCACGCAGAUGUUCACUUUGUCCAAAUAAGUUGUUGUUAUCCGGCUUUUUUUGACUUGGGCAGUAAAAAUAUGUUUCAUGCUUCUUUUCCUGAGGGAUUGUUCAAAAUAAAUUUUUCCACGACUUUUGAACGGUGGUUGUUUUUACCUCAUCCCACGCUGACGCAACCCAGUACGAUAGAUCUUUUAAUGUGACAUACUUACCAGUUAUUACUUCGCCUAACCUCAAAAUCGACAUCGCUAGUAGAUCCUCUUCAUCGCUAGUAGAUCCUCUUCAUCGCUUAAAUUAGGGGGUAGAAAAGUUGGCUUAAUACCACCACUGCACAGUUCUUGGGCAUCGGGGUGAGAUGGCACAUAAAAUACGGUCCUGAAUCCUUCUGACUACGCCAGUUAAAUGAUCCUUUCCUUUUAAACAUCUAUGAUUCAUUUUGAUUUUACAAAAUUCGGAAAUUGUAGAUUCCAACUCCAAAAAAAAAAAAAAUCCAACACCAACAGAGUUCAGCGCUAAUUCAGAGCCAACUAAGUCUAGAAUGGGAAGGUACUGAGAGUCUCGACCAAUUGUGGUAUCCGGAAACAAACGAAAUAUUACGACAACUAUUUACCAUCCUAAAUUUUACAAAUGUCCCGUUAUCUAGAGUUAAAUAACAGACCAAAUUGUAUUUAAUCAAAAUUGUGUAUAUGUUUACCAAAAUAUGCGUUUUCAAUUUAUUUUUCUUCAUUAAUUAGCAUAGUAAUAGCUUUCCUUCCCCCCAUUUUCAUUUCAUUGAGAUUCAUAUUUUUUUGCUCAAUUGUUCUUAUUUUUGCCAUUAUAAACCCUAUUUUAAUUUUAAGCAAUCAAAUACUGUACAUAGGAAAACAUAAUAAAACAGGGUAAUCGGUAUAUAGAGUGAAACAAAAUUCAGGAAACUAUUCAAAAUUAAGAUUAAGCUUAUUUUGGAAAACUAGAAUACAGAUUUUUGUAGUGUUAUUUUAAUUGAAUCUCCCUGUAGAUUGUGUUUUAAUGACACAAAUCAAUUAUAUAGUGAGAGUCAAAAGUUUUUUCAUAUUGGAAUUAAAUUCGUUAAUGCAAUUUAGACUGAUACUUUUUUAAUCAUAUAUAACAAGAAAAAUAACAACAAAAUUUAAUUAUGAUCUUAUACUGACAAUUUUAUUUAUUAAAAAUUUUCUGUAUUCGAAAAAUUACUAUAAAUAAUAAUAUAAAUAUUAUGACAUCUACUAAUACCGAAAUAUAUUUACAUGGUUUGCUUUACAGAAUUUUGUUCCACUUUUUGUUACUUCAUUUGGAUACUGAAAUUUUUUACAGGGUUUUUGCGAAUUAUCCUGUAUAAAUAAUUGGUUACAAAAGCUUUUUGCUCAAACCAAAAUUUAGAAUAAUUUUAGAUUAUAAGCCUUUUUGAAUUCAAACAUUGUAUUCCGAAUCUAAAAAGGAAAAAGUUUGAAUAUUCUGAGAUGUUUUUAUAAAAAAUUUUUUUUGUAUAUAAAAUACAUAUCAAUAUGACACUGUCAAUUUAUAUAUCUUAAAGCGAAUGGCUUGGUGCUGCUUUUAUUAUUUUUUCUUCAAACAUUUCUUGGUAUUUUUGGAUUCUCCCGUUUAAUAUAAUCCAAGGUUGAUUGAUAUAUUGAUAAAACCUAAACAUAUGACAUCCCUUCGUAUAUAUUUAAAAGGUAUUUUUGUACUAGUUAGAUGUUUUAAAGUAUUUUUAACCACCUUAUCAAUUAUUGUGACUAUUGCUUGGAAAUACUUUUAACAUCUUCAAUAAUGUUUAUAACAAUAUUUAAUAAAGUAAGUACCAUAACUAAUAUAUAUUUGGGAAACCCUGUUUAUUAAUUUAGCAACAUCUUCAAUCAUAAUUUCGUGAUCUUUAUCAAAUUUUACAGUAUGGGUUUCUUGACAAAGGAUCUCUACUUAGUAUUCGAUGAAUAUGUUUUUUGUUAUACAGGGUCCGGUGAACAUCAGGAAGAAAUUAUUUCUUCUAAAAUUAUAAAAUGACAAAAAGCGCAUGUGCAGAUUUUAUUUUUGACUUUAUAUUUUAAAGUUUAUAGCAAUAAAAAUAAAAAAUGAUAUGAAAUCAAAAUUCACAAGUGAAAAUGCUUUUCUAUCAAAUUUUAAACCUGGACUUACGUAUAUUGAUACAAAUAUUCAUUAUCAACUUCAAAAUAGGUUAUUUUGGAACCAAUACAAGAAACCCAACGCUUAAUCUAAUUAUAUAUACACUGUUUGAAAGCUUCGUUUGAAAAAGUCAACAUAACCUUAAAUUUAUUACUUUUUACGGCUUCAUUUGACUCAUAACGCGUCCUUUAUAGCGAAUUUUAAGUUUCAAAUAAACUAAAAAAUCACAGUUAACCAAAUCUGGCGAAUACGGUAGAUUAACAAUGACUUUCGUUGGUUGUUUCGGUCUAAAAUAUUGGGCAGUAGAAUACAAACCCACUUUGGGAUUUUAUAGCGCCAAAAAACAAAAAACGAAACCGCGAUUCCGUCACAAUUUUAUUGGUCGAACGCCCUGUAUAUACAUUCGGAAAAAUUCAAUCAAUAUUUCGUUAUUAAAUCGCAUUAUUCUUCAAGUUUUUUUUUUAUUUUGUAAUGUUAUUUGUUUCAUUACCACCACCACCCACUGAUACCACCACGACCCUCGAAGAGCCUUGGUUCUGUCCUACCAGAUUGAUUCAGUCAUCACGGUCCAACGCUCGGCGUCUCCACCUUCUUACCCCUAGCUACUCUUCGAUAUCAUCCGGUCAUCAUUUGCGCGGUCGUACAGGCUUCUACCGGUACGGUUUGCGCACUCUCAGCUCCUCACGCAUACGCUCCAAAUGGUCUAACCAUCUGAGUCUGGCCAUAUUAACCUGUUACCAGGUUGGGGUCUUUGUAGAACCGAUGUUUUUAUAUUCGGCGUGAGAUAUUUCGCUCCAACGUAUGGUGCAACCGCUCCUCGCGUAGAAUUGUCCGAUAGAUCUCCUUUUUCGUUUUCCAAUUCACUAAACGUGACUUUAAUCAUUGGAAACUGAAGUAUGAAGUCUUAUUUCCAUCGAACUUUCAUUAAUUUCGGUCACUAGUGAUAUUUAUCAGGGGAAGUUUUUCCGUUGACAUAACCACGUAUUUUGGUUUGGACUCGUUAAUGAUGAGCUCCGUUAUACCAGAUUCCUCCUCCUCCAGCUCAAAGCUUUCUUUCAGUUCACGAUCCCUUCGAUUGAGUAGAUCAAUGUCAUGAGCGUAGGCUAGGUACUGCAUAGUUCUGUUGAGUAGAGUUCCUCCUCUAUUAACCCGAGGGUACCCGAGAGGGAUUGAGAUUUAUCUUAUCUUAACUUUUCUAUUGGUUAUUCUAAAGGGUGUAAACAUAAAGUUAUCCCAAUAAUGGUACUCGCUUUAUAAUUAUACAAACAUACAGUGUGUUCAUUUAUCAAGUAACACACUUUCUGUAUACUUAUUGUAAAACGUGCCUUUGAAUAAAAUGAUCGUAAUAGUAAUAAGUACUAUUUAUUGUAUUUAUAAAAUUUUAUAAAAUAAAUAAUAAAUACGGAUUAUAAAAA